UCCAUUACCACACAUUUUAUCACCCCACACAGCCACAGUUAACCCCCGACGCCUUGGUACGAAUACCAGAUUAAAACCAAAACUAUAUUUUAAUUUGCAUUAUUUUUUUGGACAGGACGCAUCAUUUCCUGCGCUUUGUUUAUCCCCGGAGGCGAAGCUCUAAGUAAGUAAUCUAUAUGCACUAUAAUUCGCACAAGUCAUAGUUAUGUAAGCCACGAUAAGAAAAAGCGCUUUUUCUCAUUCGGGGCAAGAGAUCUGGCAUAAAUCACUUCAACACGUUGAAUUUACAUCGUCUUCAUCACGAGAAGCUGAAGUACGACUGAAUUAUUAAACAAGAUCUUAUGUAAUCUUUGACGUAGAUGACUUGACGCCGUGGAAUCACGUCUUUGUUAUCUGUAAAGCAAACGUAUUAUAGUUGGCGAUUAACUAAAAGUAAAAGGCCACCCAAAGUUUCUCAGUCGCCGACAAGUCUUCAGUCAAGAUGGCUACAGAGGGUGAUCAAAUGAUUUAUGGAUCUGUGAUGUUCUUGAUAUUAACGAUCGGAUUGGUAGGAAACAUCCUUACAAUUGUAAUCUUGCUUCGCAAAGAUUAUCGUUCUAAACUUAUAGUUCCAUAUAUGCUCAACAUGGCCGUUCUAGAUGCUUUACUUAUACUUUUCGGAUACCCCGUCUCGAUAAACGCCAUCUUAACAGGCAGGCGUCUAAAACCCGAAGACCGAACCUGCAAGUUCGAUGCCUUUAUGAAUGGAUCUAUAGGAAUCUCUGCUAUUAUAACUCUGACUUAUAUUAGCUUUAUUAUGUAUCGCACAAUCACUAAUACGACUACUAUGCCAAGACAAAUAUCUGCCGUGUAUCUGUUUGGUAGCCUCUGCGCGAUCUGGACGUAUGGUGUGUUGACCAUGUUACCGCCUCUAGUGGGGUGGUCAAAGUUUGUGCCCGGUGCCGCUGGGUUCAGCUGCGCUCCUGACUGGGGAUCAGCUAGUGCGUCUACUUUGUCCUACAACAUCGUACUUAUGGUCUUGGGAUUUGUCAUUCCUGUUGGCGUUAUUUCAGUUUGUUAUUACAAGAUCUUUAGGUUUCUCUGCUUCAAUCCUGUACCCACCGCUUUCGCCUCUAUCCGCAACAACCGACGUCGAGUAAAUGUGCGAAUUACACGCAUGAUUAUGGUGUCAAUCAUCUCUUUCGUCAUCAGCUGGUCACCCUACUGUGUCGUCAGUGUAAUGGCCAUGGUGCACCGCGCGCCGUCAUUACCACGUGGUUUCGCCGAGAUCCCUGAACUCAUGGCUAAAGCGUCCGUUAUAUACAACCCUCUGGUGUUCACUGUGAUGAACAUAGAGUUCCGAAGAUCACUCUUUCAAGUUAUGUCGAACUUUCGCUGCAAGGGAGAUACCGGGGUAUCUGCCUUGCAGCGAAAUUCCGUAGCCCCAGGAGAUAUUAGGUGUGGUUGAAACAAUUUAUAACUCUAAGCACUAAAACUAUCACAAUUUCAGUAUUCCCGGAGACGGUCGACAUCGAGCACAUCUCUUUUCUGACAAUAUUCAUGACCAGUUGUUACUAGGAUGAUUGGGGGAUCCACUGUACUAUAUUCAUGACCAGUUGUUACUAGGAUGAUUGGGAGGAUCCAUUGUUUCUCUAUGGGUGAGCAGAAGCGGAGAAAUGGGAUAGCAAAAGCGGAAAACACUCCAUUAGGAAUAGCAGUUAGUAAAAUUCUCUACCGUAAAAGAUAGGACGAUCACCAUCUCUCAUCAUUUUUAGAAACACAA